UCAACUAACAUCAAGUAAGAGAAGUAAACACACGACGUAACCUCGGCUUUGACUGCGCGAAGAGAGGCGUCUGCAGCUGGUGGAGACCCGGCUUCCGAAAAUGAAGAGUAGCAUUGUUAAAUCACUUCUGCGGUGUCAAAAUGGUAUAUUGCGUCCAAGUAUAUGUCGCCUUACGACAUCAAGCUCGACAGGGGGUGAAGCACAGGCUCAACCAAAGCACGAUGUACGGGAUAGCUCCUCACCAAAGACUGGUAUCCUAAUGUUGAACAUGGGUGGUCCACAGACCACAGAUGAAGUUCACGAGUUUUUGCUUCGACUGUUCAAGGAUCGCGACAUUAUUCAGCUGCCAUUCCAAGAUUACAUGGGACCAUGGAUUGCAAAGAGAAGAACACCAGAUAUCCAGAAAAAGUAUAAGGAGAUUGGUGGUGGAUCUCCAAUUUUCAAAUGGACGGAUCUGCAGGGGAGACUACUCUGUGAACGACUUGAUGAACUGCAUCCCGAGUCUGCGCCCCAUAAGCAUUAUGUUGGUUUCCGCUAUGCUCAGCCAUUGACUGAAGAUACCUUGGAGAAGAUGGAGGAGGAUGGAGUUGAAAACUGCAUUGCCUUCUCUCAGUACCCGCAGUACAGCUGCAGUACGACAGGCUCCAGCAUGAACGCCAUCCAUAAAUUCUAUGCUAACAGAUCUGUAGAGUCAGGAAUGAAGUGGAGUGUCAUUGAUCGAUGGUGUACAAACCCCUUCCUUGCAAAGUGCUUUGCUGACAAUAUCAGAAAGGAAUUGGAGCAGUUCCCUGAGGAAAAGAGAAAAGAUGUUUUCAUCCUUUUCUCUGCACAUUCUUUGCCAAUGAGGCAAGUUGGGCGUGGUGAUCCUUAUUCUGCUGAGGUUGGUGCUACAGUACAGCUUGUUAUGCAAGAACUUGGAUUUACAAAUCCAUACCGUUUAGUUUGGCAAAGCAAGGUUGGUCCCCUUCCAUGGCUGACUCCAGCUACAGAUGAUGCAAUUAAAGGUCUUGUGCAGAGAGGAAGGAAGAACAUGAUCUUAGUCCCAAUAGCAUUCACAAAUGAGCACAUAGAAACCCUGCAUGAGAUGGAUAUUGAGUAUGCUGAAGAUCUUGGAAAAGAGGUUGGAGCUGAGUGCAUACGCCGAUGUGCAUCACCCAAUGACCAUCCCUUCUUCAUUGAUGCCCUUGUAGAUGUGGUCAGCAAGCAUCUUCAGGAAGGUCACAGGUGCUCGGAACAGUUCCUCCACAACUGUCCUUUGUGUGUGAAUCCCUCGUGCUAUGCUUCAAAGAAAUGGUUUAGAUAUACCACCAAAAAGUUUUAGUUAUUAAAAAGAGAAGAGUUAAAGAUAGAGGCAUUGCAUACUAAAAGGUUAAUGUGAGACAGUUGAAAAAAUGUAGAUGAGGUGGGUUAUUGUUUUACGUAUUAUAUUUGGCAAACUUUUUACUUGAUUUGACUCUGGUUUGAUGGAAUAUCUUUUUUAUUAUAUUUAAAAAUCAGAUUUGCAAUUAUUUAUUCCAUAUUUUAUAUAAAAGUAGAGAGGAAGAUAUAAUAUUAGCCAAAAUGCCACAAAUGAAGAUUGUGCAAAUAUGAAUUAGCUUAUUAUGAAUUACCAGGGAAUGUAAAUUGUUUAUAAAUUACCAUGUAAACUGCAUUUUAAAAAAUUAUUUAUACUGAAAGUAUACUUUUAUAUAGCCACAAUUCAGGUUUAUUAUUAUGCAGAUAUUCCCUGGCAUUGAGAAAAUGCACAUACACAAUAUUUAUUUACAAGACCACUAUGUGAAGAUCUUAUGAAGGAGGGUAAGCAGUUUAACGAGGUUUGUAAUAGGCCAAAUGGUACCAAAGCAGGGGCAUAUUACUACUUAAUGUGAUAUUGUAAAUUUUUCUGUCUUCAAAUAUGACCUGAGAAAUUAUUUGUUGGAACUAGCUAUUCAUUUUUUUUAUUUAUGUUUAGUUUAAUACUAUGGUUAUGGGGUUUAAUGCCUUUAAUGUUUCAUUGUAUCUACCAUUUUUAUUUAAUUGUGUAACAUCAUUCUUAUAUCACUCACUUGUGUUGGAUUUUCUUUCUUUGUUAGUCUACUUCACCCUUUCUUGUAGUAAUAAGCACAAAAUCUUAAUAUAAAGAUGAGUAAGUAAUGAAUUUUUUUCCUGCAAAUUGUCUUUGUUUCUGCUAGUUAAAGCCACAGAACAAAAGAAUUCAGACUUUAACACCAGUUAUAGAGAAAAGAAGGUCAAUGUGAAGGACUGCAGGCUCUUCUUGAUAUCUCCCAAACUGUAGCUUCCAGUAUUAUGUGUAUUUAUUGUUGCACAGUAACCCACUGGCCCCGGGUGACAUGACCAUCACUUCAUGAAAAAUUAUGGCUGAGGGCUGGGUUGGAUGAGAAUGCGCCUUCAAGAAAAUUUUAACUGGGUCAGGGUGACAGGAAUGACUCAUCAUGAAUGCACAAAGAUCUUGGAAAAUGAUUAGACUGGGCAUAUAGGAAGCAGCUCUUGCACUAUUUCCACCAGUAAACAGGGUGGACUGUACCAUUUGUGAGCCAUGGCUGAAAGAGUACUGGCUCCAGAGAAGAGACCAUAUGCAUUAUCAGGAUCUUAUUCCUGCCCACCAAAGAGGAGGCAAGCAAUCUUGAUACCAGACAUGAGUGUUCAUGUUGGCUGGGCCUACAAGCCACACACCCAGGAGAAUCACCAUUCAGUUAAGCAUAUUGCCCAGAUUUUGGUCCAUGUGCAGGCCACUAGGCACCCGGAUCUAAUGGGUUAAGAAAAUGUUAGAAAAUAUAUAUUUGUUAUGUAAAUAUGAA